UGCAAUUGAAGCAGGCUGAUAUAAAGGAUGUAAGCUCUCUUUUCAAGGUGUGGGUCUCAGGGCUGCUGUUUCUGCUGUGGAAGGAAUGUAGCGCAGGACAAGAAACUACUUAUAAUUCCCAGAGUACUCAUAUUUGAGGGAAGAAGAAAAGGAAGAAGAAGAAAAGGAAAUCGAAUAAAGAGAAAUGUAAUAAAGAAUUAGAAAAACAUAAAAUUAACAAGACUAUUAUAGUAUCCAAUUACAGAGUGACAGUUGUGCAAUGUAAUUCAUUUUGAACAUAAUUUAUAAUUGCUCAGGCGCUUUUAGAAAGUGUAAACACUUUCUCUGCCACGUCACCUCUUAAGAGGAUAAUGAAUACACUUUGAACAAAAAUAAGGGGUAUAUAAAUAUCGGUAAAGUUUAAUUACUAAAAUGAGUUUUCGGUGUAAAUUUAGCGGUGAUUUUAUGUCUUCCUCUUUUAGAUAUUUAAUUAUAUUACGUCUAAACCCUUAACAUGUGAGUUUGGUUUUUCUCAUUAAUCAAAACAAGUGAAAUGUUUUUCUGUUAUUUUCGGGUGGCACUAAAAUUUGAACUCAGGACCUUCACUAUUUCUAAUGUUAUGUUGAAGACUUGAAGUGCGUGACUUCUCAUAUAAGAAUUUGUGACGUUAGAGAAUACACUUCUUAUUAUUUAACUAUAUUAUGUUUUAACAUGAUGCUUGCUAAUUUAAAUUUAAUUUAUUCCUUUAAAUUUAAAAAUAAUAAGACAUCUGACCAUCCACUUGAGAAAAUUGAGUGUUACAACAAAUUGAGAGUGUUACAACGAAAGGGAGCCUAAUCCUGUUAGGAUUGUUGUGCUUUCAUGUAUACAUGAUUUUGAAUCGUUCGGAAAAGGAUGGCAUAAAAUGAUAAAAUAUAGAUAGACACCUCUCAUUCGUUUAAGUGUCUCUUAAAAUCCCUUACUUUUACCUGACAAAGUUAGUGACUAGGAAAAAUUUGCUUAAACACUGCUUACUUCAAAAAUAUGUUCAAAUCAGUACUCUCUAUCUCAAAUUAUUUAUCGCGGUUACUAAAGAUAAAUAAAUUAUGACAUGAUUAUUACAAAUGCCCCUUGUCAUUUAGUUUUAGUUAUCAAUAUCCAUUAGAUAUUCCAACUUCUAGUUUGAUACUUGGAAAUGCGACUCAUCCAUUUUAAUGCUCGCUUUUUUCUUUUUCUACCAAAGUUUCUUGGCUUAACACUUAUAUCCUUAGUUCUCUCCCUUUCUUGCUUGGCAUGGGUAUCAACAUAUUAGUAUUUACUUGGUAUAUACACUAAAAGAUAUAAUUAUACAAUAUUAUACACGAAAAUACACACUUAUACACAUUUAUAAACAAUUAUACAAUAGUGUAUAAGUAGGUGUAAACAUAUAUCUGGACUGGUUAUGAAUAAGAAUUGCACUGUUAUACAAGAUAGAUACAUAUGUAUACAGGUGUAUAAAUAUGUGUAAUAUUGAAUAAGAGGUGUGUAUAUGAGUGGAUUUUCCGGUUAUCAGGCCACCAACGACGGAGCAGCAAUGACGGAAUACCACCAAUAAAUCACGUCGGGGCUCCGGUGAAAACCCCUGCAUGCACACCACCUCACUCACAGGCCACCACCAGAUCUGAGUGGAUUUUCCGGUGAGUCGCGGUAGAGAGAGCGCGUGAAAGAGAGAGCAGGAGAAGGCAGAGAGAGAGAGAGAGAGAGAGAGAGAGAGAGAGAGAGAGAGAGAGAGAGAGAGAGAGAGAGAGAGAGCGAGAAGAGAGAGAGAGAGGAGGAGGAUGAGAGUGGGUCAUUUUAUGUAAGAUUUUAAAAAAUAGGUCAAUUCUGAUAACAUUGUUACCCUAAUUAACAUAAGGUGUAAUUUUCUCUCAAUUUUGCUCAGCCCAAUCGGCGGCCUUAAUUUUGAGCAGUAAAAAAGGAUAUAUAUGUUCCUCGGAUUAGUACAUGGUUACUUGUUUCCAAGGAAAGUGGUAUAAGUGUGUGGGUUGGACCAAGUAAGAGUCGUCCUAGAAAAGAAGAGGGUAUACAUUUCCUACUUCAAGAAAUAUAAUGAAUACAACAACAACAACAACAACAACAACAACAACAACAACGACAACAACAACAACCCAGUGAAAUCCCACAUCUUGGGGUCUGGGGAGGGUAUAAUGUACGCAGACCUUACUCCUACCAAGGUAGGAUGGCUGUUUCCGAGAGACCCUCGGCUCAAUAGAAGCAUAAAAAGCAUAAUGAAUCAUGCUUAUAAUUAUCCUAAUACUAGUAUGCCAUGUCCUCAAUAUGGUUAUGAUGUUGAAGGUAAGAGGGAAGUAUCGAUAGGUGAUGGAAGUAGAGGACAUGCAAGGUUUCAAGGAAGAAAUGACCCGAAGAGGCGAAUUCUUGAGAUGAAAGUGAUUCUCCUUGGUAGUCCGUUGUGUUUAAUGAUGGUAGUUAUAGCAACUACCUUGACCCUCAAGCGGUUGACGAGUUGGGAAUACCUUGUAUGAUGAGACGAAAUCUUUACUAUGAUCAAAGAGGGUACUUGGUUGAUAGGAGCGCGAAGGUAUUCUUUGCCCAUAGCCACUGUCAAAAGGAAAUUUGGUGUGAUGUACUUCCCACUUCCCCUAGAUAAUUGUCACUUGUGUUUAGGAAAUCCUUGGUUCCAAGAACAUAAGGUUCCAUAUGAGAAAGAAUGGUACAAGUAUGUAGUGGACAAGAAAGGGAGAUUUCUCUUUCCACCUAUACUCCCCAAAGAAGAAGCAAGUGCAAGUGAUCUAGCACAAUGGAGAAAGGAGUAUAAAUAUUUCGAAUAGAUGGAAAAGCAUCUACACCUAAUGAUGGAAUGCUUACACAAUGACUAACAAAUGAAGAGAGAGAAAUCCAUUUCUUGUGAAGCGAAAGGGAAGAUUGAAGUAGAGGGUUUCCCUAAUCCUUCCCAAAGAAUUCUUGGCCUUUGUCCCAACUCCUAUGAACUAGAGAGAGAAAAGAUCGAGAGGAGUAAGGGAGUGAAAAGUGACAACUCUGGAGUGGAAAACUGAGAGGUUGUGAGGAGUGAUGUGAGAGGGUUGCCACAAACUCAUUCUAACUCAUGUAACUUUUCUUUCUUCUCUAGUUGUCUUGAUAAUGGUGCAGGUAUUCUUGGAAGAAAACCGAAUAAUGAGCCUUAAACUUUGAAAGUUCAUGAGGUAGUUGAAGGCUUCCCGAAGGAGCAAAUGGACUCCAAAGUUGAAAACCACAGUAAAGAAGAUACUUUGCGUGCACUUCAAGGUAAAAUAGAUAAACUUAACACUCCAAAUAAUAUGCUUGAUCAUGUUGUUGAAUUGAGUGUGAAUGAUAACUUGUCCUUAUGUGAGCUUAAUGAGUCUUUACCAUGUGUUGAGCUUAGCUCUUUGAUGAAUAUUGACAAUGUGGUUGAUAUGGGUGUUCCAACACUAGUUGAUCCUGUUGAUGACCGACUUGAUUUUUCUUGUGAGAUCAAUUUGUGUCCACCUAGUGUUGACACUUGUGAUUUGAAUGUUAGUACAUUGUCAUGUGAUAUGAUAGCCCACACACUAGUUGAUCCUACCUAUGACCGAAUUGAUUCUUCAAGUAAGAUCAAUUUGUGUCCAACUAGUGAGGAUAUUUAUGUUGAUGAAUUUGUUUGUUAUGAUAGUCUACUGAUUGAGGAACUUUGUGAUAUGCCUAAUGAAUCUCAAAUUAGUGAUGAUGUUGAUAUAAUUGAUCAUGUAGAUAGUCAUGAACAGGAAAUUGUUUUGAAAAAUGACGUUUGUCUUUAUGAGAGUGAAAUUACAUGUUUAGAAUCCUCAACUCUUGUUGAUUGUCCUCUCUUUAGAGAUAAUAUCUUAUUUGAUGUUGGCAUGACUAGUGAAAAUGGUGUAUCUAGUGGAAUGCAUGGUAACGUUGAGAAUGUAGCCACCUUUGGAAGCUACAAAGUGUUCAGUAAUCCACUAUGUGAUGGCGAUACCCUUCCUGAAGAAGGAGCUUCCUUCUUUAGGGAUUUUGAAGUGAAGCUUGGUCAUGAUGACAAGCAUGGAGUGGGUGAAGUUGUUAACACCAUCUCCGAUGGCGAAAAGUCCUUCUUGAGGGUUUGUGACCCACUUGAUGGAUCAACAUCGUGUUUUGGAAAGGCUUCCGAAAAUGAAGAGUGCUCUUUAAAAAAGAGCAAUGUGCAAGGAAAGGAGCCUACAUUUUGGAAGGACUAUGCUAGAUAUUCUAACCUAAGGGGUGAGGAGAUGUUACUCAAAUCUUGGCAUAGGUUCAAUGAGCGUAAAGGGAAAACUCUCUCUCUUGGUUAUUUGACUAACUAGUGUGCAGUUUCAUCAAAAGAGGAGUCUUGAAGAGGAAGACCAUGGGAAGAGACCUCAUUGUACUACACUUUGGUAUGAAGUCACAUCUUGUACUUCCUUCAAGGACGGUAUAUAUUCGUGGCUCAUGUUUAUUCUUGGGCUUUCUAAAGCAAUGGAGGUAGCUUCUUUAUGUGAUGAGUAUAGUAGUAACACUUCUAUACAUUCAUGUGAUUCUUUCCUAGUGUUAUUACUUGACUUCAUUAUCUCCUAUGUUUUUCAAAGUUUGGAUUCGAGGUCGAAUCCUUUCCAAGAAGGGGAGGAUGAUAUGAUCCCGAGGAGCACACAUGAUUCAAGAUACUUCAUCCGAGGCCGAGCCAAGGAACUCCAUGCCAUGGUGAUGCAAAUAGAGGCUUUGGAGACUUUGAGUAGCUUCAUAGGAGAGCAUAUAUAUGAUGUGUGGAUGAUUGCUUGGUCGCAUGGAGUGAAGAUGAAAUGGAGGGGGACGAUGGUGACUAUUCACACAAAGCGGCUAUUUUUUAAAGUCAAGCCAUCAUCCCUAAAUAAGACUACCAAACAUGGCCCUUAUUUCAUUAAAGGUAUUAUUGUAAUAACCAGCCUAAUCUUCUUUAGCUUAUUUAAUAUAAAUACAGUACUUGGUCAUUUCAUACUUAGUUAGUUUUGAUGUUGAGAUGAAUACUCUAAAUGAGUGAUAGUUUGUUUGGUAGAAUUAGUGCAGUACUAAUCUAGUGAUUAGUGUUUAGAGAUAGUUUAUUAUGAUGGAUUUCAUUGUUAUCUAUUGAACCUUUUUUUCAUUGAUUUCAUACGAGAGUUGUUGAUUUGUGGAUUCAUUUGAUUGACUCUUAAUUGAAUUCAAAUAGUAUAGGUUUGUUAAGAGAAAUCGAUAAGGAGGGUUUACGUUUCAUAUACGUAAAUUUUCCUAUAAUUUCUUUACUAAUUAGGUCUUGCUUCUAUUCUCAUCUCCUUUUCUUCACUUCUCAUAUUUGAUUUCUACUCUUUCUUUAAUUCCGCGUAUUUAUUGUUUUGAAUCUGAAUCUUCCACAAGUCUAAUCUUAAAGUUGUCGUUUUAACCAAUAGUUAAGGUUGUUCCAUCAGUUUUAGGUGGAAGAUGGACCAUACAGAAAUUUCACUAACCGGUCAUGAGAAAGAAUAUCAAACCUUAGAAAAGAUUGUUUAUGAACACUGGAUCUAACUUUAAAUCAAAACUCAACUAGGUUAGUCAACAAAAGAUUACUUAGUAGGAAAAAGUUGUCUUAGGUCCCCCCCCCCCCCACCCACCCACCCAGUGGUGGAUUCAAGAUUUUCAUUCGGGGGGUUCGAAAAAAAUAAUAAAAGUUAAAUAUAAAAAAUAAUGUUGCUGAUGGGAAUAGAACCUAGGACACUAGAGAAAAUUUUGAACUUCCUAAACCGCUUGAGCUAACUUUUUGCAUUUGUUCAGGAUAUUCAAAAUUUUAAUAUAUAUGUCACAAGCACAGAAAAUCUACCAUAUAUAUACACUGUAAUAUUUUGCCGAGGGUGCAGCCUCUAAAUCCGCCCUCCCCUCCCCCCCCUCCCCCAACACACAAUUUAUGAAAUUUGAAUUUGAAUAGUUCAUAUUCCAACUCGUUAUUAUUUCUUUGUAACUAUUUACUAGAUUAUUUAAAAUUAUUAAGAUAUUUUUUCCCAAACAUAUGUUGUUCGUUUAAGGAUUUUAUAAAUUAGUAAUCCACUUUAUCUAUUAUUAUGCACAAUCGUUACCUCCGAUCACCACCAAUAACUCUCUCAUGGCACAAUUAUUAACACCAAUAACACCUUAUAACUAUCAUUUAACCAUCAUCAUCACCACAAGUAUAACAACUACUAACUCUUAGUGUGUGCAUCAUAAACAAAUAACCUGUUAACAUCAUUUAUAUUAAGAUUUUUUCGAUGAUCUUUAAGGAUAGAAUACUUAUAAUUAUUUUAAUUUACAUUUACAUUUAUAAACUUUUUAUAAACAUCAUUUAAAUACAUUUGAAUGUCGAGAUAAUGAAUAACCUUAGUUAUUUCAUAUUCAUACUGUAGGAAAUUUGGGUCCACCCAUAAGUGGUGCUUAAGGCCCAUUAGGGUAAUUAAACUUAGCCCUAAUAUUUCCUAUAUAAUAACAUUUACGGUGUAAAAUAAAACAUACUUCUGGAGUAUUUUUCUGCUCUUCUCUUCUCUACAAUAUAUUAGGGUUUAGACUGUGAUUUAGGGGGUUGUUCCAAUAUAUCGUGACAACCACCAUCGGCCAGUAAUUUCAGUCGCGCUUCGACUUCCGCUUCCGCUACACGAAGAACACAAUGGCUACUGCUUCGAAAAACAUUGUUGCUGAGCCUUAACAAAGGGUUGAAACUCAAUGGUGACAACUAUGAAACUUGGAGUUUCAAAGUUCAAUAUGUGUUGGAAGAGCAAGAAGCUCUGGAGGCCAUUAACAAUGUCAUGAAUGAGCCUGAGGAUGGCAACACGGUUCAGCAUAGGCGUGACCGUGAAGCGUAUUAUGCUUGGAGGAAAAAGGACUCCACUGCUCGCAUUACGUUGCUAAGCACCUUGGAUGAUGACAUCCUAAGGGAGUUCAAGGAUCACCAAAGGGCUAUGGAACUUUGGAUUGCUUUGAAGAAUAGGUUUGGUACAUGUUCUACUGCAAGGCUAAGAUCCUUGACGAUCAAGUUUGACUCAUACAAGAAACGCCUAGAGCAUUCAAUGAAAACGCAUCUGAGGCAAAUGACAAACAUGAUCGGGGAGUUAAAAGAUGCUGGUCAUGUGUUGACCGAUGACAACAAAUUCAAGCUGUGAUACACUCUUUGCCUAGUUCGUGGGAUCAUAUGAAGAUGCACUUGGCUCAUAACGAAAGAAUCACAACUUUGGAAGAUGUCCGGAGGUAUCUUGAGUUAGAGGAGGAAAGACUUGAGGCUACAAAGCCAAUAGCUGAGUUGCACAUGGCAACAACCUCCAAAAACAAAGGUGAUCCAAAGCGAAAGAACUGGGGAAAGAAGAGAGGGCCACCUCAAACUCAGCCAGCACAGCCUGCUAAACGAGCAAAGACUGAAAAAGGAAAGAAUAGACAUCCCAAACGUGUCAAUGUUGCUAAAGUGAAGUGCUAUAAUUGUGACAAGAAGGGUCACUAUGCUAAGUAUUGCUCUGAGCCUCCUAGAAAGAAUCGGGAACAACGGACCACAUAGCUUGGGAGCGCAAUGCUUUUGUUGAAUUUCGGCGAGUUUCACGUGGAGCAAAGGGGAUAUAUAUGGGAAAUAACAAUAAAGUUGCUUAUGAAGGGAUCGGUACAUGCAAGUUAGUCCUGCGUGGCGGUCGAGACCUAAUUCUACAUGAUGUCCUCUAUGCACCAACAAUUCGUCGGAAUGUUAUUUCAGUCUCUGUUUUGCUUAGGCUAGGAUUUAGCUUGUUUUUUCAUGACACUUAUCUCAAGUUGACUUAUGAUUCAACAUUAUUUGGUUUUGGUCAUGUGACUGGAGGUUUAUUUAUUAUGGAUUUGGAAUUGUGGUUCAUUCAAUAAUAAUGCUAGUUUUGCUAUGUUUGCUUCUACAAAUAAAUAUGAUAGUGAUGUAAACAUAUGGCAUGCUAGACUUGGUCAUAUUGGCCAACAAAGAAUGCAAAGGCUAGCGAAACAAGGUUUGCUUGCCGGCAUUGAACAUGUGGAAUUGUCCACUUGUGAAAAUUGCCUAGCGGGAAAAUCUGCACGAAAACCUUUCGGUAAAGCAACUAGAGCUGAAUAUCCUUUGCAAUUACUCCAUUCUGAUAUCUGUGGGCCUAUGAAUAUUAGAGCUAGGCAUGGAGCAAGUUAUUUCAUUACAUUUAUUGAUGAUUUUACCCGUUUCAGUUAUGUUUAUUUAAUUUCCCACAAAUAUGAAGCAAUAAGUUGUUUCAAACGCUAUAUGAGCUUAGUGGAAAAUCAAUUAGACAAGAAGAUAAAAGCUCUUCGAACUGAUCGUGGCCGAGAAUACUUAUCGACUCAAUUUAAUGGGUUAUGUGAUGAAAAGGGAAUAGUUCAUCAGUUGACUAUCCCAAAUACUCCACAACAAAAUGAUGUUGCGGAGAGAAGAAACAGAACGCUCCUAGAAAUGGUUAGGUCAAUGAUGGCAUAAGCCAACCUCCUAAUUAAUUUUUGGGGUGAUGCUUUGCUUACUGCCACCUAUGUACUUAACCGAGUGCCUUCAAAAUCAGUUGCAACCACUCCAUAUGAGUUAUGGACGGGAAGACAUCCUGAACUGAGUGUAUUAAGACCUUGGGGUUAUGCUGCAUAUACACAUGAUUCCUCUCACAAAUAUGGCAAAUUGGGCCCGAGAGGAAAGAAAAGUAUCUUUAUAAGGUACUCUGAAACCUUAAAGGGUUAUGUGUUUAUAGGUCAGCAAAACAGUGGGAUUGUAACUGAAUUUGAAUUACGAGAUGUCACAUUCUUAGAGAAUGAGUUUCCUAAGAAGGGAGAGGCAGGUCACCUAUCAUUGUUUGAGUUAGGGGAUCAAGACGUACAAGAAUCUCUUCAUUCGAGUGGGAGUAUUUUAGCAGAUGAUGAAUUAUUUUCUCAUCAACAACCUCUUCCAUCAUCAGGUGCGAAUGAAAGUAAUCCUUUUACACUUAAUGAAAGUGACCAAAUGGAUCUGCUUCCAAGUGAGAGCGAGAUGGUCACCAAUCUUGUUCCGAGUGGAAGCAGGUUAAGUGUUCUUGAUCCGAGUGGGAGCAACGUUGAUCCAAAUGGGAACAAUGAUAAAUCACAAACUAGACGUGGUUCUCGUAAAAAGACUCCCCGCCGACAAUUUGACAUUUAAGGUGGUGAAUUAUUUAUGAUGCUCCUGCAAGAUGAAAAUGAGCCUAAAAAUGUAAAAGAGGCUCUCUCAUGCCCUUCUAAGGACAAAGGGACAAAAGCAAUGGAAGAUGAGUUGGAGUCUAUGAGAGUCAACAAAGUUUGGGAACUAAUUGACCUCCCUCAGGCACGCAAAACUAUUGGGAGCAAAUGGGUUCUCCAAAUAAAGCUCAAGGCUGAUGGCACAGUUGAAAGAUAUAAGGCUAUAGUUCUAGCUAUAGUUGCAAGCUUGGAUCUUAAGUUACAUCAAAUGGAUGUAAAGACUGCCUUUCUCAAUGGAGAAUUAGAUGAAGAAAUUUAUAUGGAACAACCUGAAUGUUUCAUUGAAAACGGCCACAAACAAAAGGUUUGUAAACUUUUGAAGUCUAUUUAUGGCCUCAAACAAUCUUCAAGGCAGUGGUAUAUACGUUUUCAGAAUAUUGUCGUAUCCAAUGGUUUUACCAUGAUGGAUGAAGACCAUUGCGUUUAUACCAAAAGAUCAAGAAACAAGUUUGUGAUUUUAACAUUGUAUGUAGAUGACAUACUUAUAGCUAGAAAUGAUAAGGAGUUCAUUACUGAGAUAAAGUCAUGGUUAUCAUCCCAAUUUGAGAUGAAAGAUAUGGAUGAAGCUGCAUAUAUUCUUGGAGUUAAGAUUUCAAGAGAUCGUCCAAAGAAACUAUUGUAUCUCUCCCAAGAGAAUUACAUUAGAAAAGUUCUUGAACGAUUCAAUAUGAAAAAUAGUAGCCCUGUUGAUACUCCGAUCAGUAAAGGCCAUGCCUUGGGUAGUCAAAUAUGUCCUAAGACUCAUGAAGAGAAAGAAAAAUGAGUCGAGUUUCAUAUAGGAGCGCAGUCGGAAGUCUAAUGUAUGCUAUGGUGCGUACCAGACCUGAUAUCUGUCAAGCAGUUAGCUUGGUAAGUAGCUUGGUAAUGAUAGCGCAUUGGCAAGCAGUAAAGAGAAUCAUGAGAUAUCAAAAGGGAACUGCUGAUUAUGCACUUUGUUACCAAGGCGACAAAGAUCUGCGAUUAGUUGGAUACGGUGAUACUGAUCAUGGAGAAGAUCUAGAUGAGAGGAAGUAUACCUCAGGAUAUGUUUUCUUACUCAGUGAUGGCGCCAUAUAUGGAGUAGUAAGAAACAAUCAUGUAUAUCACUAUCUACUAUGGAAGCCGAAUAUGUGGCUCUUGCAUCAGCAGCACAAGAAGCUGUUUGGUUGAAAAGGUUCUUAGAACACUUAUUGGAUAUCACAAAAGAUGCUGAAUCAGUGUUAGUCUACUGUGACAGUGAGGCUGCAAUUUCCUCUACCAAGGACCCUAAGUUUCAUUGCAAAACCAAACACAUAGAUAUCAAGUAUAACUAUGCGAGAGACAUGGUUAAACGCAAGGUAGUGAACGUGAAGUAUAUGUCUACAAAAGAUAUGUUAGCAGAUCCAUUGACCAAGCCUUUGUCUAGAGAUGCAUUUAUGAGACACACUAGGUCUCAAGGCUUGCGUUGAUUCAAAGAUACUUCAUUUUGUUUAAUUUCCCCAUGUUCACAAGACUGAUGUUCUUUAAUUAUCAAUAAAGUUGAUUUACAUACAUACAUAUUUUAUAUGUUGAAUGUCAUGUGCAUUCGUUACUUAUUUGUUUUUUUAAGUAUGUCGGGUAGACAAGAGGUUGACCUUCUCACACAGGUAACCGCCUCCUUAUCUUAGUGAUGAGUGGAGAUGAGACUAGAUUUUAAGAAAAAUUAUCAAAUGGAUAAUUUGAGAGCUUUCAACUUAAAAUCAUGAGCGUCGCAUAAAUAAUGACAUAAGGUCGUUAAGGUGAAAAACGUUCACCUAAUCUACUUACUGAGCCAGAUGUGACUUAAAAAUGAUAUAGUAGAUAAAGAACUCAAAUUUAGAUACUUAUGGUGUCUAAAUAUCAUCUGUAUUGCAUUCUUUACGAGAUAAAGACAUACGCUCCCUAGGAAAGGAGAAAAUGUUGUAGCAUGUGUUUCAUACUAUGUGUGCUAAUGUCGACCAAUUGGGUUAACAUAAGUCCAUUCUCAACUUAUUGUUGUGUGAGACCCAGAGCCUUUAUGGUGGCUCAAGAUUUGUACCCUUUGUGACUCGGAUCAGAUACUUGAGACUUAGUUUGAUGUUAUCUAUCUUAGUGUGCUUCCCAAAGACCAUGCAUACAGAUUCGGUCUGGCGGAGUAUAUCUAGAAAAGCAGUUAACCUAAUGUUAAGAGGAUCGUGAGAAGAGGAAGAUCAUUGAUGGAAUCUCAUUAAUUUGUAUCCACUGGUGCACCAGUUAUAACUUAUGAGUUACAAUUGUGAAUACAAGAAAUAAUGAUAUAUGAGAUUUUGGAGAUUAUAUCAAAUGUGAUUCAUAUGAUCUGGGGUACUGCAUACUUUAUGAUCUACUUGUAGGUUUGCACUCAACGAGAGGCUAUAUACUCCUAACAGAUGUAUAGCACUUAGCACUCACAGUAUGCUGGUCGCACGGUCUACUUCCCUGUAUGAAUGAUUGCAGAGAUGAGUUGAGAAAAUAUUUCUCAAAUUAGAUGAGCACUUCCAUUAUGUGUGAGUGGGAGAUGUAGGAAAUUUGGAUCCACCCAUAAGGGGUGCUUAAGGCCCAUUAGGGUAAUUAAACUUAGCCCUAAUAUUUCCUAUAUAAUAACACUUACGGUGUAAAAUAAAACAUACUUCUGCAGUAUUUUUCUGCUCUUCUCUUCUCUACAAUAUAUUAGGGUUUAGACUGUGAUUUAAGGGGUUGCUCCAAUAUAUCGUGACAAUCACUAUCGACCAGUAAUUCCAGACGCGCUUCGAUUUCCGCUUCCGCUACACGAAGAACACGUAAGUUCUCCUUUUAUGGUUUUCACGCUAUCUAAUUAAUUUAGAUUAAUGUGUUAUGUGUAAACCUUCAUCUUUAAAGACAAAUAUCUUAAAAGGUUUAAGUUUCGUCAAUACAUAUAACACAAAACUUAAAAUUGCUACCUCCCUUAUUUUCAGUUCAUGUAUUUUAGUUUGAUUGAGUACGAAAUUUAAGAAAAUAGGGAGCUUGUGAUCUUAAACUAAAAUAUAUAGGUACAUAUCAAAAUGUCAUUUGAAUUACGUAAUCUUAAAUAUGUCUUGUAAAACAUUGAAAUUUAAAAGUUACCUUCCACCAAAAAAAAAAAGAAAUUUAAAAGUUACCAAAUAUAAAAAGUGAUAAUUUUUUUAAACAUAUUACAAAAGAAAUGAAACCAACAAAUCAAAAGAAAAGAGUAUACCAUAUGAUUCAGAUUUAUAGUACACUUUAUUUUUCUUUUGAAAAAGAGAAAGAAAAAGGGGCCCUUAACAAAACCAUGGACCUUAGUGGGAUCUCUCACUUUAUAAAAACAGGCCACACAGAGUGAGAAAACAAUCAGGUUAUCAAUAGAAAAAAAUUGAAGUCAGUGAACGUAGAGAGCAUAGCAAAAGCUGCAGUGGAGAAGUUGAAGGAAAUGAAACCAGAAAACAUGGUUGAAAAUGCAAAAGAUGUUGUCAAAAAAUCAACCCCAUAUGUAUCAAACUUCAUAAGAACGUCAUUUGAUUGGUUACUAGAAACAACUCCUCCACUUAUAUCCACUGCAAAAAUUUGGAUGCAAAACUCUUCACUAUCUUUUAAAAUAUCAAUUGGUUUUGGGUUGUUUUUGUUGUUUUGUUGGUGUUGCGGAUGCGGUGGUGGAGGAAAUGGGAAGACAAUGAAAGCACCUGGAAGAAAUAACGAAAGGAUAUCAAGAAGUAAUUUUGAAAGCAGUCCUAAGUCUUAUUUCCGUGAUCUACGUUCCAAGAAAACUUAAUUUCGAUAUCCUAUAUAUUUUGGUAUGAUCAUUUGGUAUUUGGUAUUUACUGGUCCGAUUAUGCUCCCAAUCAAAAAUUUCUUCAUUUUCAAGUUUGAACUAGAAAAUUUAUGAUUAAGGAGGAAGAGAUCGCAUUUAUCCGACAAAACUAUCCUACCAAGUAAUAUCCUUAUAUGUAUAUGUUUCCUUUUUAGGUACAAUAUGUUUUGUAGUCGUAAUUUUGUUGUGUAUUGCAGUACGUUUGCCUUAAUAUUAUUUUCUGAAUUAUAUAUUUGCGGAUAUAUAUAUUUUGUUAUAACUAUUUUGUAUCUGGUACCUACGUCCGAUUUUGCUUCCUAUGAAGGGUUUGUUCAUAUUUUUUUAGUUCGAAAUAUUUGAGUUAGAUUGGAGGAUCUUAUCUAUGUGGCAACAUCUCUUAGCGGCACUACAAGAAAAAAUAUAUCUGGCAACAAUUUUUUUUUUUACUGCCAUAAAUUGAUUAUUGUUGCAAAAAGUAUUUUUGGCAACAAAAAAAAAAAUUGUUGCAUGAACUUUUCCCGACGGCUGUUAUUGUAACAACGUGCAACAACUUUUUUUUGUUUGUUGCCAAAAGUACUUUUUGCAACAAUAAUCAAUACUAUGGCAACAAAAAUAAAUUCUUUGGCAACAAAAAAAUCAUUGGCCAACAAUGAAAUUAAAUUGUUGCCAAAUAUAAAAAAAUUUGUUGCGAUUUCUAUACUUUCUUGUAGUGCGGUGAUGUUUUUUUGUUUCAGUAUAUAUUUUGUCAAGUAGUUUGAUUUUGUAUUGCAAAAAGCUUGAUUAUUAUUUCCUGAUUUAUUGCGGAUAUAUAUAGUUCAUGUAUGUGUUUCGGGUUCUUGUAAUAUUAUGUGAAUUGCAAAAAGAACUGAGUACGGAAACUAGUGAUUUUGAAGGAGAGAAAAAAAAAAAAAAAAAAAAAAAAAGGUACUUUUGUUGUGCAAGCCCUGCACGUUUGAGUAGCGUUAGAUUAAGGGGAUGAUUCAUCGUAAUUUUAGCUCAUAUCUUAUAAGUAUAUUAGCCAAAAUCAGAAUUAAAAUGGGACAAAAUUGGAUUCAUUUUAACUUCUUUUUUUUUUUUAAUUAAAUGGGAUUCAUUCCAUUACAUUCCUCCACUCACCAGCUUUAGUUAAAUUGGUUGCGUUUUUAAGCUUUCGGCCUAACCAUGAAAGUCGUGAGUAUAUCAAAUAGGGAAAAAUGAAAAAGUGAAAACAAUUGCAACAGAAUUUGAUAAGAAAUGAAUGUGUAAUUCAGUCCUAAAAACUUAGCUCAUGAAACAUAUUACUAUCUUAUUUGAAUAAUAUUAGUGAAACACAAUUUAAGUACAUUAUUACACCUCUUGUUGAAAACUUUUUUUUUUUUUCAAAUGAAUAAAUAAUACUUUAUCCGUUUCAAUUUAUGUGAACCUAUUUCCUUUUCAGUCUGUGUAAAAAAGAAUGACUCAUUUUCAUAUUAGGAAACAAUUUACUUUUAUGCAAUGAUUUAUAACCACACAAUAUAUAUGAGUGUGCACGUGCGCGCGUACGCCUCAUUUUGUACCACAAGUUCAAAAAGAAAAAAAAAAUCUUUUUUUUCUUAAAUCACGUGUCCAAUCAAAUAAAUUCACAUAAAUUGAAAUGGAGGGAGUAGCUUUAUUAGAAAUAUUUUCAUUAUUAGACUGUAAAAUAGACUAUUACAAUUGUAAAUAAACCAUCAUGUAGCUAUGACCGACUAUUUUACCUGUCUGUUACAUCAUAUUUGAAGUCUCUAUUUGGUCCUACAUGCAACUACUCUUAAAAGAGAAAUAAUAGAAAUUGACCAAUCAAUAAGAAAAUUGCAAGUUUAGAAUAUAACGUAGCUCAAUCUACGUCAUUUCUUUUAUUUAUUUAUUUCAAUAUUUUUAUCUACCACUUAUCCUAAAAAAAUAUAUAUAUAUAUAUAUAUAUAUAUAUAUAUGAAGGGGGAUCGCGGUGCAACCGCAAUCUAACAAUGUUGUCACUAUAUGACUGCACUGGUCCAAUAAUUAAUGUCGUUACAUCAAAGUUAGGUGGGACUAGUGAUGAGAAUUAAUAUCAAAAAACUUUGCCAAACUUUAUGAACACUGUUGUUCCUCCUAAUUUUUAAAUGAAAAUUCUGUCAAAGGAGGAAAAAAAAAAAGCCAGUAGUUUUCUUCAAGAAAGAGUAGAGAGACAUGGAAUACUCACUGGACGAAUUGAAGGUAGGAAGCAUAAGGAAAGCUGCAAUGGAAAAUGCAAAGGAGACACUUAAAAAUUCUGAUUUGGUGAAAAUUUGGAUGGAAUCACCAGUAACCAUUACCAUUUUAAUUGGGUUGGUGCUGAUUUUGUUGUCCUUUAUUUGUCGUUGCUGCUGUAGAGGGAAUAAGAGAAAUUUGAAGAUGACGAGACCUCCAAGCCGCAGGAAUAAUAAUGCGAGGAUAUCAAGGUAUUCUAGGUAAAAAUUUACUCGUAUCGAUCGAGUGUUUAUUCUAAGUCAAUGAACACAAGAUGUAUGUUUUACCUAUACGUAUUUAUCAUAUGAUGAAGUAAUAUGUGUUCUCUUUUUUUUUUUUUCAAUUACAAAGGUUAAAUUGUUUAGUUUGAUGUAAACAUUCGAUGCAAGUAAAUAUUUUACCUAUCUUUUGAAAA